AUUGAUACAGAGAGAUUACCUGCAGAACAAGGUAUAUGAAAUCUACAGUAAAAGACAUGUCUAAGAUUUGAGGAUAUUCUGCGCGCUUUUUAAAUUUUGUUUUAAGUUUUCCCUUUUUUUUUUUUUAAUUGAUGCGAGCUCAACCCGGACUUGAAUAUCGAAAGCUGCCUUGAUGCCACAUGUCAAUAGUCUGGCAUUGUUUGUUCUCCAGACUCGAUUUUUGAGUCGAACUCUCAAUAAUCGAGUCCCAGUUAAAACCUCCCCUCCAUCCUUACAUCAGCAGCUGGACUCUCUCCACUCCCCAUUUCUCCACGCCGAGCCUACUCCCUCUUCAGCAGCCUAACCAAUGAGUUUCUGUGGAGGAAAAAAAAGAGAGAAUCAAGCAGUGUGUUAUUAUGGGAGAGGAUUAAACAAGUGUGUUUGAGAGUAAGGAACAACCACAGUCAAAAGAGCCUCCUGUGAGCGUGCCACAUCUUUACUGAGCUCCCUCAGCCCACCACUAAAUUUACCCAUCCCCUCGGAGCUACCACCAACAUCCUCGCACCGCUCUGCUCCGCCGGUUGGCAGCUCCUCUUGCCCUGAGCCAGGAUGAAUGACGUUCAAGAGGCCACCUCCCCUGCGACCAGCCUCAGCGGCCCGGCUACCUGCGUCUCCAAAGUGGAGCUGCGGGUGUCCUGCAAAGCUCUGCUGGACCGAGACACGCUGAAUAAGUCAGACCCUUGUGUCAUACUCAUGGUACAGACCAAUGGGCAGUGGACAGAGCUGGACAGGACAGAGGUGAUCAAGAGCAACUUGCACCCAGUCUUCGCCAAGGUUUUCUCUUUGGACUACUACUUUGAGGAGGUCCAGAAGCUUCGAUUUGAAGUCUAUGACAUCCAUGGCACCCACAGCAUCGGGACCCGGGAUGAUGACUUUCUGGGUGGGGUGGAGUGCACUCUUGGCCAGAUUGUGGCCCAAAAGAAGAUGAUGAAGCCUUUGUUGCUGAAGUAUGGGAAAUAUGCGGGCAAAUCCACCAUCACAGUCCAUGCCGAGGAAAUAUCUGGUAACAACGGAUAUUUGGAGCUCUCCUUCUGUGCCAAGAAGCUCGAUGAUAAGGAUCUCUUCAGUAAGUCAGACCCAUUUUUGGAAAUUUACCGAAUCAAUGACGAUGAAACCGAACAGCUUGUCCACAGAACUGAGGUGAUUAAAAACAACCUGAAUCCUGUGUGGGAGCCUUUCAAAGUGUCUCUUAUAUCGCUGUGCAGCUGUGAUGAGGACCGGAAGCUCAAGUGCCUCGUGUGGGAUUACGACUCCAGGGGGAAGCACGACUUCAUCGGCGAGUUCUACGCCACUUUCAGGGAAAUGCAGAAAAUUUCCAGUGGAAAUAAGGUGACGUGGGAUUGUGUGAAUCCCAAGUACAAACAGAAGAAGAGAAACUAUAAAAAUUCAGGAGUUGUCAUCCUCAGUGACCUUAAGCUCCACAGAGUCUACUCCUUCUUAGAUUACAUCAUGGGAGGAUGCCAGAUCCACUUCACGGUUGCCAUUGACUUCACAGCGUCCAAUGGAGACCCGAGGAACAGCUGCUCUUUGCACUACAUAAACCCUUACCAGCCCAACGAGUACCUGAAGGCUCUGAUCGCAGUGGGAGAGAUCUGUCAGGACUAUGAUAGUGACAAAAGAUUUUCAGCUUUGGGAUUUGGUGCCAGAAUCCCACCAAAUUAUGAGGUGUCUCACGACUUUGCCAUUAAUUUCAACCCAGAAGACGAUGAAUGUGAAGAGAUCCAAGGAGUGGUUGAGGCAUACCAGAACUGCCUUCCUAAGAUCCAGCUGUACGGCCCAACAAAUGUUUCCCCGAUCAUUAACAGGAUAGCUAAGCUGGCAGCAGGCGAUGGUAACAUUAAAGAUGCUUCUCGGUACCACAUCCUGCUCAUCCUCACCGAUGGUGUAGUUACAGACAUGGCGGACACACGUGAAGCCAUUGUUCGAGCCUCCUACCAGCCUCUUUCCAUAAUAAUUGUUGGUGUGGGCAAUGCAGACUUCACAGACAUGCAGAUUUUGGAUGGCGAUGACGGAGUCCUACGCUCACCCAAGGGCGAGCCAGUCCUCAGGGACAUUGUGCAGUUUGUGCCCUUCAGAGACUUCAAAACGGCUUCACCUGCAGCCCUGGCCAAAUGCGUUCUAGCUGAGGUGCCAAAGCAAGUAGUGGAGUACUACAGCCAUAAGGCCAUCUCUCCUAUGUGUCCUCAGAGGGACUUACCAACCCCCAUCCUCAGCCCACUGGCCACCACCCCAACAGAAUAAACAUCCAACCCGAUCCUGGAACCAAGCUUUGACCACAGCACCAGUCUGGAAAACUAAGAGGGAAACAGGACGCAUGCCUCGCCAUUUUUGGACAGGGAACGAAAAGAAUACCUUUGUAAAUGUGAUGUUACUUAUUUAUUUCAUUUUCCACUGCUGACAAAGUGUUUACACGAAGACAGAGCGACAGAGACUGUGGGGUUUAUCAAUUUCUCUUCUAAGUGUGGAUCCAGAACUUCUCCUUGGCUGUGCAAAAUGAGCAUCAUGGGUCCUGGAAGAUUGUGUUUUCUCUCCCCUACUUUUUAUGCAUGCAGGUCAACCCCUGAGUGCUGAUCAGUCAUUGGUGCAGGGUUACAAUUUGUCCCUGUCCGUGAAUUACAGCACCUCAAUAUGUCCAUUAUAUUAUUGUUUACCUAAUGUCAACUCUUUGGAUAAUUGUAAAGAUGUGGUGUUCAGUACGGUAUGGUGCAAUCAAAAUUAGAUUGCUCAACUUGAACACACUUAGAAUAUUUAAUCCAGGUGUUACAGAUGAUUUAGUUUUAAAGAUGAGAUGGUGCGACCAUGCCUUGUGUUAUGUUAAUCUUUUCACUUGUACUUAAACCUGUCUAGCUGCAGGAUCGGCCUUCACUUGGAUUGUAGAAAAAAUGUCCAGCCAGACAUGCACAGAUCACGAGUCCUCAUUGAUCUUUUGUGAGUUGACGUUCUAAAAGACAAGAAUUUAUGGUAAUAUAUAAAUUAGUGACUACUUCUUUGUAUUUCUACGUAAAGCCCUCCUCCAUAGCACGAUAGCUGUUUGUUUUUUUGUUGAAGUGUCUGCAGCAGCUACAAAUGAAACUGUCCCUACCCAGCAAAUAUAAAAGCAGACUAUGAGAGUGUUUGUCAGGUGCAGGUUGCCAAGUUAGUGUAUGAUGUGAUGUGAUAAUUAGCUGAAUCUUGAAUAAUUGGACGUAUACUUUGAAAACAAGAGAGAAAACAGCAGCAAUGGAGAAGUUAUGGUACGUCACCAACCCAGACCUGUCUGCCUUGUACAUUUUGUGAAACUGCAAGACAUUUGCUAUAGCUUUAGGUCUCUGUGCGCUUCUUUCAAUCAAGACACAAGUCAUACAGCAAGACAAAUACAAAAUUGCAGCCUGGCCAUCAUCUGGCAGGUCAAACUAGGAGGUGUUUCUUGGCUGCUUUUCUUUUUUAGAAACAGCCUUUUCUAAAAGUUGGCCAUGAAAAAACUCAGAAUAACACUUUUCUCCAGGAGUUCUGAAUGACUGCAUUCCAAAUUUUCUGCCUUUUGUAAAAUGAUUGCAGUACAAGCUGUGAAAUCACGCUGCAUGUCAGGUGAACUUUUUCCCUUUGAAUAUUUUUUUUUGUCAUUGUUGUCAUCUCUGAGCCAACCAUCAGACAGGUAGCAUUCUUCAAGUUUCAGCUGUAUGUCUCAUUAUUUCCCCCCUCUUUCUGCUGCUUUUUAUAUGCAACACUUUUUUUCUGGAUGUUUCAUGAAGAAUAUAACCGGUACAUACACUGUUCAGAUCCAAUGAAAGCACAAAGCUGAUCACUGUCAUUACUGUUCACGAAACAAGCUUUUUAAUGUGUUGCAUCAGAACAUUUAGCGUGACAAUAUUCGAAUCAAAAGACACUGCCAUUAAUACAAAAAAUCCUCAGUUAGGAUAAAAUACUCAUACCAUCAAAUCAGUACAUAAAAAGGUUGUGUUUACUUCUCCCUUUCUUGCCUUAACAAUGGAUAUUUACUCGUAUGCUUUUGUUCCUUCAGCUGUUUUAUCAAGCUUUAAGAUGCUCAUCAUGUCCAAAAGGCAUCUUAAAGUCAGAAAAAGCAGUGUCAUGUUUUGAUCAAAGAAACAUGUUUCCGCUGCCGAGGCUGAGGAACAACCUGUCUCUGAAACAGACUCUUAAAGCAGAGAUAACAAGUUGUGUUUGAGAUGUUUAUUAUUGUAUGUGCCAGCGAGACGGGAUAAAUGAUGCACCAAAGCCAGGUGUAAUUACAUUUUAAAGUAAAAAGAAGCUAAAGUAAGAAGUAAAGUCAAAGAGUUGAAUGAGGCGUUCCUUCACACUAUUCAAAGGCGUCUUCUUAACAUUUCACCACUUUAAAAAAAAGGAACAUCAUCUACCCAUAACAGAAUGUUCCCCAUCUCAUUCAAGCAAAUGUUUUCAACAAACAAUUCACAACAAAAGUAGAUAACUAAACCAUUAAGUGCAUUAAUCAAACAUUUUUUAAAUAGAAAUAUAAAUCCCACACUGUUUCGCUCAAAGUUAAACAAGUUCUCGACAGUAAUGUGUCGUGUUCUUGGUUUUUUAUUCCUUUUGUUUUCUGCUGUGUUAAAGGUGUAAUGGGAGAGCUUUUCAGAUGUGUUAUAAUAAUACAGUAUCUUCUAUAACUGAAACAAUCUAUAGUGACAGAAAAGCACAAGUUAACUACAUAGUAUGAUGUGUUGUAAACAGUAAAGUUCAUUCCUCCAUAUAUUCCUAGGUGUGGCCUGAUUGGUCUUUAAGAACUGUUCUAGUGAAGACUCUCUACAGCAGUAUUUGCUGUGUGACAGACUUUGAAGGGUGGCUAAUUCACUUGGCCAAACACCAAUCUGUCCCUGCCCUUAUAUACACAGGAAGAAUACAUAGUCCUUACAGCUACUCUUACACAUAUCCACCCCCGAGCUGCAAAUAUUAAUCUGACUUUGAUUCGUCCCCUAGAGCUUCAGCUGCCCUCCCCAGAUACAGACUAUUGACUCCUCAUGAAUGCACCUAAGCAAGGCGAGCUCCGCUGUCGGCUGCUCUCUGAACUCCUUUGAAGAGCAAAAGUAUUGAGGAUCCUUCAGUCACUGUGGAUCACAGGAUGAGGCCUAUUGAUUCAGCAGGCCUGGAUUUGCAGCCAUACUCAGUUUGUUGAAUGUAAAUUAUCCUGGAAGGUCUUUGGUUUUAUAAUUGAAGUUCAGCUCCGAGGAACCAGUUCAUAUCAGGGAGGGGAUUAAUGCAAAACAAAGAGAAUACUCUACAGGAAUGAGCAGCAUUUGAAGUUUUAGCGGUUUAAGGAUGACAUUGUCUGUCCAUUAUAAUGAUUUCCCCGUACAUCUCAGAUCCGUCACUGCUAAAAAAGUGCAGCAUGUCACUCUUAGGAGGAUGAAGAUUUACAGCUAAAUGGAGAACUAGAAAGUUUCCCAAUGACGAUUCUUAUAAAAAAGCGGAGUACUUUUGUAAACAGAUUUUGCUUGCCCACAAGCUUUAGUUACAAUUUGUUCUAACUAAAUAAAGCAGGAGGUGCAGACCAAUCAACCAAUAUUUUCCUCCUUGAGGGCACAGCAGCUCACACUUUAAUAUCUCAAAGGUAUCAGCACUCCUAUGAUUCGUGCCUUACAUGGCAAUUAACUCUUUGUCCCCUAUUACCUGCAUCUCCUUAUUGCUACUUGGCCUCAGGUUAUGAGUUUCAUAAGCUCAAAUGGUUCAUUACCCAGCACUGUGUGCAUUUACAUAAUGAAAUGCGAUACAAUUUAAGAGUACUGUUUUUAAAGGCUCUUAUUCUCAUUUAAGUAAACCAUAUCAAAAUUAGUUUUUGUCUUGGUUCAAACAUCAAUACACUGAGUCAUUUCAAUGUUUAAUUCCCCUCAGGGUCGACCUGAGCUACUAAAAGUAUCAGCAGCCUUAUGGUAAACAGUGAUGUAUGGGUUUUUAAUGCCCCUUCAGACUUGCCCCAAGCAAAUAACUCUUCUCCUUUGAAAAUUAUCUCACAUACUUCAUCUUUUUCAUUAAGUGACGAGUUUCAUUGCAGUCAUUCAUGUGUAAAAUACACAAUAUUCAAAGAAUGUCAUUGUGUGUGUGUGUGUGUGUGUGUGUGUGUGUGUGUGUGUGUGUGUGUGUGUGUUUGUGUGUGUGUGUGUGUGUGUGUGUGUGUGUGUGUGCCAGCCAGCUGAACACACAUCCGUUUGGCAAUUUAUCACUGCUUCAAACCACUUCCAAAAAAGAAAAACUGCUUCAAUGUCUUAAUGGGAAGUCAUUAAUUAUGUAACAGUAAAUAACAAACACUGGAGGUCAUAAGACAAGAGUUCAGGUGACCAUAAUGUUCUUAAUAUCAAAUCAUCUGCAUUGGUGUAUUUGAAAUCUCUCUCUACUCUCUCUUUUUCUCCCAUCCACUUUUAAUCAGAUCAAGGUUUACAGCCCAUAACCUUAAUAUGCAACUGGUGUAACUUCAGGCCAUGUGGGUGAGAAGCAACCAACGCAUCAUUAGUAUAUAUUUGAUUUUCUUCGAAAGGAAGAAAGGGAUUUAUUGCAUGCUUACUUUUAUUGUUAAGCUGUGCUGUGCAGUUAUUCCUUUGGGUCUUAUGAUAUGCUAAUAUGCAAGCCUGCAUUUGCACAAACCUAUGUUCUUGUAGUUGACGCUCUCUGUCUUGCAGUGAGGUAAAUAAAUCUCAUCAUUUAACGG